UGCUAUGUUGGCAGCAUUUUGACAGCACUGUCAAGCGCAAGUUCUUUUCUGCACACGUUUUCCAAGGGAAACAAGCAGCUUGUGAAACUGAGUUAGUUUUCGGCUUUUAAAAUGAAGAUCGGACUGUGUGCAUUCAGCGGGUUCAAAAUCUACCCGGCCAGCGGCAAGACCCUUGUCAAAGCCGAUGGAAAGACGUUCACUUUCCUGAACAAAAAAUGUGAGCGUUCGUUCCUGAUGAAGCGCAACCCGCGCAAGGUGAAAUGGACGGUGCUGUACCGCCGCAAGCACAAGAAGGGUAUUGUGGAGGAAGCCGCCAAGAAGCGUACACGCCGCACGCAGAAAUUCCAGCGUGCCAUCGUCGGAGCAUCGCUCUCGGACAUCAUGGCUAAGCGCAACAUGAAGCCCGAAGUCCGCAAGGCCCAGCGCGAGCAGGCAAUCAAGGCUGCCAAGGAAGCCAAGAAGGCUAAGCAGACCGACAAGAAGCCGAAAGCUGCCCAGCCCAACCCGAAGCAGCAGAAAACGAAGGCCGCCAAGGUCGCCCAGAAGGCUGCACCGCGCGUAGGAGGCAAGCGAUAAGAAGCUUGAAUCACUUUUACAUUCAUACUUGUUUCUUACCACAAGCCGCCAAUGUGUUUGGUGUUUUCGUGUCGGUUAUAAGCUGGUACCAUCUGGGCUUUGUCAGGCCGAAAAUGUAAUAUUGGAGAGUAUAAAAUAAGAAAACAACCACACUACCAGUGGAUGUAAAAUUUU